AUGUGUCCAUCGAUGCAACUAGCAACGAAUUACACAAAUCAUGAAAAAAAAGUAGCUGUUCGAUAUACAUUUAUUGAUGAACAUUUUGAGAUAACAAGCUGCAAAUUCCUUCAAGUUAGUAUGACAAAUGACGAAGGCGCCGCAAUAUCUAUCCAAAAACCAGCUUAUAAGUAUUUGAAUUCACAGCCUUUCAUCAAGAUCAAUAACAUUUUCUUGUGGCAGUGUCAAUCAGAAUUAACAGCAGGAGGAAUAUACAUUGAAUAUGAAUAUUCUCAUAUAGAUGUUUCUCAUGUUUGUAGCAUCGAUACUAUUGGAUAUUAUUGUCAUUUUUGUCAUUUUGGAUCGAGAAAUCCAAUAUUUUUCAACACAAGUUCAGUAUCAUCUAAUUUUAAUAUUUCGCAAAGUUUCUCUUAUUAUAUUUAUCGCAUUAAUGAGAAUGAUUAUAUGAAUUUUGUCAACUCUACAUUCAUUACAGGUAUUAAUACAUCGUCUUAUUUUGUAACUGCUGCUGAAAUCAUGGCAAUCCAUGCAGAUAUCAAAUAUUGCCAAAAAGAAAAUAUUGUAUCAGCCAUAUUUAUUGCUUUGCAUAAUUCCAAUUUAACGUAUUGCAACUACAAGAAUGUAACAAGCUAUGAUAUCAACGAUAGAAGUUUUAACAAUUCACUUGAUGUAAUUAAACAAGUUAAAUUUAUGCACUGCGUGUUUAUUGAUUCAACUGUAUAUGAUUACCUCAAAGCUUACAUUGAUAAACGCCAUAUUACAUUUGAAGAUUGCAGUGGAACACAAAUGUAUGACGUCAAACCAUAUCUUUUGCCAGUUUGCCGUGAACCUGAUAAUAAAAAGAAUCUUAAAAUGAUUAUAUAUUAUUCUGUAUCAAUAUCAUUGUUCUUUUUGUUAUUAACUAUUGUUAUAUAUAAAUAUUAUAAUAGUUUAUUUUUGUUACAAAAGAAAACAUGCCGCUUAUUUGAAAAGAAUGGAGUUAGAAAGACAAUUAGAUACAGAUUAUGGAUAAGAAAUAAACACAUUAUUUUAAUAAAAUGUUUCUUUUUUCUAUUCAUCAAAGAUAUCAUUCCUCAGAUAUUUAAGUUUGUUUAA